CUCUCCCCCUCGCCGCGCCGCCUCCCUCCCUCCCUCCCUUACUCCCUCCCCUCCCAGCACUGCAGCAUUCAGCCGACUGCUGCUCCCGCCGCCGCCCGCGCCUCUUCGGCCUCCGCAGCCCCCGCCGCCGCCAGCACCAUGGCCAGCACCGUGUCCGCCUACAAGGAGAAGAUGAAGGAGCUGUCUGUGCUGUCACUCAUCUGCUCCUGCUUCUACUCGCAGCCGCACCCCAACACCAUCUACCAGUAUGGGGACAUGGAGGUGAAGCAGCUGGACAAAAGGGCCUCUGGCCAGAGCUUUGAGGUCAUCCUCAAGUCCCCUUCUGACCUGUCACCGGAGAGCCCUGUGCUCUCCUCCCCACCCAAGAGGAAGGACACCUCCCUGGAGGAGUUGCAGAAGCGGCUGGAAGCAGCUGAGGAGCGGAGGAAGACGCAGGAGGCGCAGGUGCUGAAGCAGCUGGCGGAACGGCGCGAGCACGAGCGCGAGGUGCUGCACAAGGCGCUGGAGGAGAACAACAACUUCAGCCGCCUGGCGGAGGAGAAGCUCAACUACAAGAUGGAGCUCAGCAAGGAGAUCCGCGAGGCGCACCUGGCGGCACUGCGCGAGCGGCUGCGCGAGAAGGAACUGCAUGCGGCUGAAGUGCGCAGGAACAAGGAGCAGCGAGAGGAGAUGUCGGGCUAAGGGGCUUUGGACGUCGCGGCGCCUGGAUCCUGAGCCGAGACAAGAACACAUGCGGGUUUUGGUUUUGUUUUGUUCAACUCUGUCUAGAUGCGACUUUUGUUCCCUCUCCUCCUGCAGUCCCAGCUUCUCGCUUCUCUUUCCUCACCCUGAGCUGUCCAGUCCUUGUGGCAGCCGCUGACCACAGGCUCUCCCUGGAGGAGCCGCCAGGGCCUAUGUAGCACACGGUCCCUCAGUUUAGGUACCAGGCAGGGUAGUGACUGGGUCCCCUCUUGGUGGCCCUCUUAGAUGUGAUAGUCACCUCAGUAAAUCCAGAGGUGGUGGCAGGAACACACACGACCUUAUGCUGGGUCGUCCUGUAAGCACCUUAUCACUUACGUUCAUCCACUGAGCCAGCUCCCCCCCACCCCCAACCAAGAAGCAAAGGCAACACCACUUGCAUGUCUUCCUGUCGGAGAGGGGCUCAACACAAGGGAGAGGAAAAGUUAAAGGGAGAAGGACCUCUGGACAGUGUGGGGCCAGACCUCCCUGUCAAGGUGACCAGCCCUGGGAGCCGUGUGCAGUGGAGCUUUGUGGAACUGGUGGGUGGAGACUGCAGCACCGUUUAGUGUGAUCGCCCAGGGGUCCUGAGACCACCUGUAUGGACCACCUGCAGUCAUUACCUGUGGCUGGCAUGGGGGUGGGAUGUGGCUUGGCUUGAAUCUUCAGGGGAGUGAGCACUCUCCACCGGGGACCCAAGAGCAGGCUGCUGUGCCUAGACGGUUGUGGGGAGCAUGACACUCCCUGCUGGCCCCUUUCCAGAAGUGCCCUCCUUCCAAGAGCCUCUGGCUGAGCACCUGUGUGGGGAAAGCCCAGCUCCUGCCAUCUAUCCUCUCCUUCCACUCUGCAUAUCUGUCCUUAGAGCCCUUUGGAGUCUUGGCCCCUUCCCGUGCCCUGUGCCCUCCCACAAUGCUCUGGCCACUGGGCUUUCAGGCUCACCUCUGGCCACCUAUGAGUGACAGUCACUGGUGGCCUGCAGGGAGCCCCUAGGAGACAACAGGGGGCAGGGGGCAGGAUUCCCAAGCCACCUCCCCAUCCUGGUGUUCCAUCCUUGGUGUUCCUGGCUCAUGGCCCCCUCUGGCCAGCCUGUAGUUUGGAGGCCUGACUCUAGGCUUUCCCUGCCAACCCCCUCCUGGACUGGGCUCCUUCCCCUCCUUCAGCCCCGGGGACCGCCACAUCCCUCAGGGCUGGCCUUUGAGGACUGCCACCUGCCUGGCCAUGAGGGCUGUCCAUUUUUUUGUGCCACUGCAGCAUCCUCCCCUUCUCCAUAGCAGUCCUACCCCACAGCUGGGUCCUGGGGGCAGGUGCCCUGCGACCAUCCUCUUGGUGGAAAGUGUGCGGACACAGACUACAGGUUCUUGUAGGACCCAGGGCCAGCACCUCAGAAACCAGGUGGCUACAGCCCUCAGAGCCCCAGCUUACAUCCUGCAGAAACCUAUGGGGGCCAAGCCAGGGAGCAAGGGGUGGUCCCCUGCAGUGGGCUUCGGGGGGGGGGGGAAGUAGGGACCCACGAGAUAGCCUCCCUCCAGAGGGAACGGAUGAGCCAGGAGUGGAACCCAGCAGUGCCCACAUGGGGCUUUUGUGGGACUCAGAAAGGGAAGCGGAAAGGGACUGAGGGCUGUAUUUGUUUUAGCCGUGGCAGCUCUCUCAUAGUGGAAGCCUAGUGUAAUAUGCACCCAUCUCAUCACGUAGUGAAAGUGAACUUAAAAUUAAAUGAACGAUUAAAGAAAAAAAAAACUGUGUGUUUAAGCAACAGUUGCGCCAUCCCAGUGAGCAGGACUGGGGGAUGGGUUGGAGGCCGCCGCCUGGGAGUGAGUGGUGAGUGCAGCUGCAGCUCCGAACUGAGCCCAGCUAUCAAGCUCUUUUUACCAUGAUUAUGACUAGUUCUAGUGACAACAGCGAUUUGAAGGAAUGAAUGUAUAAAGGACACACAAGCUCCAGGAGACAGCAGGGGUGGAAGGGAGAAGUCAGGGCCCCCCUGGCGGGGCUGGCCUGGGGCUGUCCCUACUCUCCCCAGGGCCUAGCCUACCUGCUGGCCCAGGUUGGUGCUACGGACCAAAGGUCAGGGUCUGAGGUCUGAAGCUUGCCCUUCUCACUGCAACCUCAGGGCUGUGGGUCUUGCUAGGAUGUGGGGGGAUCCUAGACUCCCAGGUGCAUGCCCCAUGGCUCUGUGUCCCCUGCCCCCCGUGACAGGCGGUCCAGCAAAGUGGGUGGAAUGGUAGCAUGGACAGAUGCCUGUCCCCACACAGGGCCGUUCUCCAGCCAUCUGCACAUCUCCUUGUCAGACAGUGUCAGGUGGAAAACAGUCAUACAAAUCAUAGCUGUUUCUUUGUUUGCUAAAGAAAAAUAAUUUUGCUACCAAACAGUUAGUUUUCUAGGGCUGCUGUAACAAGUACCUGAAACGGGGGCACUUAAGACAACUGAAACUUACUUUCCCACAGUUCUGGAGGGCAGAAGUCCAAGGUCAAGGUGUCACAGGGCUGUGCUCUGAAACCAGUAGGGGAGGAUCCCCCUUGCCUCUCCUAGCUUCUCUGUUGGGAAGACCAUCUUUCAACCCCUGCAGGGCCACUUAAGAAUGGUCUUAAGGGGUGCAGGCAGGCCAACCGCCCGCUGGCAUGGGCACGGCCCACUGCUGAAAAGGACCUUGUCUGUCUGCUCUGCAUGAGUAAAGCUCGUCUGCUGGGUGCUCGGCUGCCUUGUGCUUUCCUUGGCAACUCUGAUGCCAGGAUACGGAGGGUAGAAGAGUUUGGACCUCUGCCCCUGGUGGUUGGCACUGUGAUGGUCUCCACGCAGCAGCGGUGCUCCCCUGGCACUAGGAACUGGAGCUGGUGUGCAGCUGGAUGCUGGCAGUUGUCCAGUAGAUGCAUCACGCCGAUCUCAGCCUCUGGGGUCACAGGGCUGUCUCCCCCGGUGCGUGUCUGUCUCCGUGGGACACCAGCCAUUGGAUUUGGGGCCACCCUAAUCCAAUAUGACUUCAUUUUAACUACAGUAAUCACAUCUGCAAGGGCCCUAUUUUCAAAUAAAGUCACAUUCUGAGGUCCUGGGGGUUGGGACUUCAACCUAUCUCUGGGGGGACACAAUUCAACCCAAAACAGCAGUUUUUGUAGGUAUAUAAUUCAUAAUGUUAAAACAUUCGUGCAUUUGUGUCCUCAACACGAAUUUAGUGAGUGCUUAGUACUUACGUGUCACUAAGGAGACCGGAGAUGGGUUGGAGACCAGCCCGUGCCCUGGGAGAACUUGCAGGCUGGUCAGUAACAUGUUAUGUGCAACAAUGCUUUCAAUUUUUCACAAUAUCCAAUUUGAGGAAAACUAGGUAGACAUUAUUUUAUUACAUUUUUUUUUCUGUUAACACAUGUUCACUGCAUCACUGCAAAGUUAAAGACAGAAAUCUUGACCCACCAAUGCUGCUUCCCCCUAGAGGGCUCGCCUGUCAGCAGCGAUGUGUGUCAGCGUCUGGGCCUGAGGACUGUGCAGCGAUGUCAGCACUUUCCCAUCUUCGGAAGCGCCACUCCAACGGCUGCAUAAUCCUCUGUUAUGAGCUACGCACUAGGAUUUUUGAAGAAACUCCAACUGGUUGGUUUCACGUACCCCUUACAAUCUUAAACGUUUAUGGAGGACCCCUAAAGAGCUUUGUUUAUGUGGAUUAUAUGGGUUGACAGUUACCACAUUAAGAAUUAAAACUCAGAAAUUUAAAAAAACAGUAAUUCGUUUUAAAAUGAUAUAGCCAUUGCAUAGUAACAUAACACUUUAAAAACAAUGAAAUUUUAAAAAAACAGAAUGGUUGCAGUACAUGAAAAAAACUCUGGCUUCCGGGAGCUCGGUGGUUGGAAAAGGAAAGCAUAUCUUAAUAGCUCGUUCCUUAACACUGAACUGAAGUUUCAUGAGGGGUAGUUUCUCAUAAAGUUGGCUGCAAUGUGCCCUGAAGCCCUACUGAUGAAUGCCACAGGCUCUUACAUCAGCUGCCGGUCCGCCCUGUGCUGGGCCAAAACUUUACUCCGGCAUGGGGGGCUCGGAGCCACAGUGGUGAGGGCGUGCAGGGCUGUGGAGGGAAGGGACAGGGUUGCUGGGCAACUGGGCCUACCUUUGUCCUGUGUGGCUGGAGCCUGAGGACAGGGCAUCCUGGGGCCUGGUGAUGACACCCCCUCUCGGGGUGCAGGGUCUGGAGUCGGCGACUUGCAUGACAGUGAUUUCCCAACCUCUGUAACAAACCUAGAGCAAAAGUCCCUCCCCUUGGGACCUGGGGUGGGCAGGGCAUCUCCUAUGGGUGCUCCUGGGGAGGAACCAGCACCCCAC